AUGUCAAGUGCCACGGCAAGGCGAUCGAGGCGACGCUCGUGGUCGCAGAUGGAAGAUGCCGAUGCCGCCAGAUUCGACCACCGAUCUUCCCCCGCCCAGUCAGAUGGGUACAAGAGAAUGCGACUCAGAGGCGGAAGAGGCGCCCCAAGCCAGCUAGAAGAAGACAACGAAGACGACAGUGAAGGGAGGACUGACGAGUUCCCUGACAGCGACCACGACGCCCCACUGCAACGUACCAACGGGCAUGUCGCGAACAACGGCACGCCGGCAUCUGGAUUCGCAACCGGCUCAAUCGUGCGCGUUAAGGUCGAGAACUUUGUCAUCUACGAAAAGGCAGAAUUUCUUCCCGGCCCAAACCUGAACAUGGUGAUUGGCCCCAAUGGCACAGGCAAGAGCUCCUUGGUGUGUGCCAUAUGCCUGGGCCUCGGCUACCCUGCCAGUGUUCUUGGCCGUGCUACCUCAUUUGGUGAGUUCGUGAAGCACGGAAAGGAAUACGCAACAGUGGAAGUGGAGCUGCAAAAGAGACCUGAGGAUCGUGCCAACUAUGUUGUCAAAUUGGUCAUCAAACGCGAGGACAAUACACGGAAGUUCUCUCUGAACGGGAGGGAGGCCACGAUCAAACAGAUCCAGCACGUCACGCGGCAGCUACGAAUACAAAUCGACAACCUUUGCCAAUUCCUACCCCAGGACAAGGUAGCCGAGUUUGCCGGACUGAAUUCAGUGGAGCUCUUGACGAGAACGCUUCAAGCAGCCGCGCCAGAAGUCAUCAUAGAGCAACAAAAUAGGCUGAAGCAGCUAUUCGAUGAGCAGAAAGCGGUGUCAAGGCAACUCGCCACCGACGCGGAGACCCUCCGCGGCUGGGAGACCCGGCAAACAAGGUCUUCAGGCCGACUCCUCGACUACGAUGAGAAGAGAAGACUUUUCUCAGAUUGCAGAGAGAACAAGCGAAAGGCGCAAGAAAGACAUCGCAGACUCGAGGAAAGGUGUGCACCGUCUCUUGAAGAUGUCAAUCUGAAGCAAGAGUACCGGAGAAAGGUCCAGGAUGCUUUCGAAGCCAGGAAGCGACGAGGCCAAGAGGUCGAGCAAGAUCUCAUGGAGAUUAUCUCGAGAAUUGAGAAGGUGGAUGAGGGCAUUCAGACUCUUGAGCACAAAAAAAUGGCAGAAAAGGAGUCAUUGGAUGCAAAGAAGAAACAGGUAGCAGGUGCUCGGUCUAAAAUCAACCAGCUUGAGGGCCAGUACAGGAGCAAUCAUUUCGACUUCAAUCCUGCCGAAUGGAACCAUAAAAUUCGUGAACAAAGAGCCCGCAUGGACACUGAAGUCAAGGAUGAGAAGCAAGAGCUCGACACUGCAAUGGCAGAGUUGAGGGAGCGCGGCAAGGUGAAGCAACAGGAAAAAAGGACGAUACAGCGGGAGCUCGAGAAUCUCAAUUCCCAGGAAGGCCAGAGACUCGUUCAGCUCCGAAGGGCAGAGCCUGAAGUUGCAUCGGCCUGGGAAUGGCUUCAAGAGAACGGCGACCAGUUCGAGAAGCAGGUGUUCGGCCCGCCAAUGCUAACCUGCUCCAUGAAAGACAAGAGGUAUUCGAACCAUGUGCAGUCCCUGCUGCAGAGGGAUGACUUUCUUUGCUUUACUGCCCAAACCAGGAAUGACCACAAGAAGCUCACUGAUCGGUUCUUCACGAACAUGAAACUGGCCGUCACAGUCCGAACGAUCACUGCGGAUCUGUCCUCUUUUCGGUCCCCCGUCCCUCAGGAGAGCCUCGCAGCUAUGGGCUUGGAUGGCUACGCUUUGGACUUCGUUGAGGGACCCGAUCCGGUGCUUGCGAUGCUGUGCUCAGAGAAGAAGCUCCACCUUACCGGGGUGGCCCUGAACGACAUCAGCGAGGAGCAAUACCAGAAAAUCAACGACGAUGAGGUGUUCAAUUCUUUCGCCACUGGCAACACAAUGUAUCGAAUCACACGUCGUCGGGAAUAUGGACCAGGUGCCACCUCCACAAUGUCCCGGGCUAUUCGACCCGGUACGUACUGGACGGACGGGCCUCUAGAUAUGGCGGCAAAAAACGAGCUCGAGCAGCGUCUGCAUCAGUGUGAAACAGAAUUCGAAGAAAUGAGGACAACAAACGAGGAGUUCAAGGCGAAGAACGCGGCUCUGAAAGACAAGGAAAAGGAGAUCCAAGAAGCAGUGAAACAAUUAGAGGAAGAGAAGAAUACCCUGCAGCGCGAGUUCAACCAGUGGAAGGCCCUUCCAGACAAAAUAGCUGUGUUGAAGUCAGGCUUGCAGAACUCCGUCAAGAACUUGAAGGAGACCAAGCAGAGGCUUUCGUCUUAUGACGGUGAAGUUGACAAGCUUGCAUUGGAGAAAGCCCGGCGUGUCCUGGAGCACAAAAAGCAACUCGAGCUGCUCCGUGAUGCAAACCAGGCCAUAAUUGAAGCUGCGUUGCGUGCUCUUGAGGCCAAAUCAGACGUUGCCGCAUUGAAAGAGCGAAACUCGGAAAUUGUGCAGAGGCUAGAGGAGGAAAAGCAGAGCCUGCUGAGGCUGGUACGCGAGGCCGAGAAGGCCAAAGCUGAGGCCAAGGAAGCUCAGAAUGUCAUUUUGGAACUCCUGUCAACUGGCUCAGACAACGCAAUCGACGAGGUGAGGAGAGACUUUCUCUCCGGGAUCAAGGAAGGCCACACGUUGGAAACCAUGGAUGUGGAAAUCCAAACUGAGAAGGCCAAACUGGAUCUGAUCCAUGCCGCAGAUCCUGGUGUCCUGCAGGAAUUCGAGAAGCGGGCGAGGGAUAUUGAGCGCGGUCAGCGGGACAAGGCUAAGCGGGAGCGGCAGCUCGACUCACUCAACCAACAGAUUCAAGAGCUGAAAGAUAUGUGGGAGCCUGCAGUUGAUGCUAUCAUCAACAGGAUCAACGAUGCUUUCAGUUACAACUUCGAACAGAUCAACUGCGCUGGAGAGGUCAGCGUCCACAAAGACGAGGAUUUCGACAAGUGGGCCAUCGAUAUCAGGGUCAAGUUCAGAGAGAACGAGACGCUCCAGAAGCUCGACCAACACCGCCAAUCUGGCGGUGAGCGCGCCGUGUCCACAAUCUUCUACCUCAUGUCGCUUCAGUCCAUGGCGCAGGCGCCCUUCCGCGUCGUCGACGAGAUCAACCAGGGCAUGGACCCGCGCAACGAGCGCAUGAUGCACGAGCGCAUGGUCGAGAUCGCGUGCAACGAGCAUGCGUCUCAGUACUUCCUCAUCACGCCCAAGCUGCUCCCUGGCCUGAGGUACGACGAGCGUAUGAAGGUCCUGUGCGUCGCCAGCGGCGAGCACAUGCCACAGGAGGGCGGCAAGCUCGACUUUGCGCGCUGCGUCAAGAUCAAGAGGAGGCUUUUGGCUGUUGCUAGCGCCUGA